GCCAUUGGUCUUGCCAUAGCUCUGUUUUGUACACAGGUGAGAGGUCAACUACAGACCGGAGAAGAUGGAAGUAAAUCAAGCAAAACAAGAACACCUCUUGGCCUUAAAAGUCAUGAGGCUUACGAAGCCCACCCUCUUCACAAACAUGCCUGUGACGUGUGAAGAUCGGGAUUUACCAGGGGAUUCGUUAAGUCAGCUGAUGAGGAACGAUCCGUCGAUCAUCAAGGGAGCAGAGAUGAUCAUGCUGGGGGAGAUGCUGACCCUCCCUCAAAACUUUGGGAAUAUUUUCUUGGGCGAGACCUUCUCCAGUUACAUCAGUGUACACAAUGACAGCACGCAGGUGGUCAAAGACAUCCUAGUCAAGGCUGACCUCCAGACCAGUUCCCAGAGGCUCAACCUGUCCGCCUCCAGUGCCGCCGUGUCUGAGCUGCAGCCAGACUGCUGCAUCGAUGACGUCAUCCACCACGAGGUCAAGGAGAUCGGCACGCACAUAUUGGUGUGUGCUGUGAGUUACACCACCGGCUCCGGGGAGAAGAUGUACUUCAGGAAGUUCUUCAAGUUCCAGGUUCUGAAACCCCUUGACGUCAAGACCAAGUUCUACAACGCAGAGAGUGAGCUGAGUUCCGUGACAGACGAGGUGUUUCUGGAGGCUCAGAUCCAGAACAUCACCACAUCCCCCAUGUUCAUGGAGAAGGUCUCAUUGGAGCCGUCCAUGAUGUACGCAGUCACAGAGCUGAACAACGUCACCGGAGUGGAGGAUGGUGAGUCCACGUUUGGCAAGAUGUCCUUCCUGCAGCCGAUGGACACGCGUCAGUAUCUGUACUGCCUGAGGCCCAAGGCGGAGUUCAAGGAGAAGGCCGGCGUGCUGAAGGGGGUCACGGCCAUCGGGAAACUGGACAUCGUCUGGAAGACAAACCUGGGGGAGAGGGGACGACUGCAGACCAGCCAGCUGCAACGCAUGGCUCCUGGUUACGGUGACGUGCGGCUCUCUCUGGAGUACAUCCAGGACACGGUCAACAUCGAGGAGCCCUUCGACAUCACCUGCAAGAUCUUCAACUGCAGCGAGCGUACGAUGGACCUGGUUCUAGAGAUGUGCAACAGCAGGGCGAUCCACUGGUGCGGGGUGUCGGGCAGACAGCUGGGGAAGCUGGGUCCUAGUGCCUCCCUCUCCAUCCCCCUCAGACUACUGGCCUCCGUGCAGGGAUUACAGAGCAUAUCUGGUCUCCGGUUAACAGACACUUUUCUGAAGAGGACGUAUGAAUACGAUGACAUCGCACAAGUGUGUGUAGUGUGUCCCUUCUGGAGUCCUGAGAGCUAGUGCCUCAUCACACACACACACACACACACACACACACACACACACACACACACACACACACACACACACACACACACACACACACAUACGCACACACACACAGAGUUGUAUAAAGUAGUGUAAUUGUAAUUACAACACUAGUAGUAUGAUAUUACAAAGUUGAAACCAUGUUGUGUCAUACCACUAGUGUUGUAAUUACAUCUGUCGGAGUACUUCUACUUUAUAUAAUUCUGAACGCACGCACGCACACACACACACACACACACACACACACACACACAACACACACCUCAAAGGACCAACUGCGCUCCACACUUCUCUCCUCUUCAGAUUCUUUUUUUUUUCAUACGUUCAUGCAUUCAUUUUCUCUCUCUCUCUCUCUCUCUCUCUCUCUCUCUCUCUCUCUCUCUCUCUCUGAUUUUCCAUUGUUUCUGACCCUGCACUUGCCACUGUCUUUUAUGUACUGUAUUUUAAAUAAUAUUUUAAAAAAUACUGAAAAUCAUGUUUUAAAUAUGUCAAUAUGUGAAUAAAAAUA